AUGCUAGAACCUAAGAGGAAACCCACAGAUUGGGACUUGCUGACAAGUUACCCCAAGUUCCUGCAGGUCCCCGACUUGGCCGUGCCAUCCCUCUGUCGCAGUCCGGGCUGGCCGGAGCCACGUGCAUGCACAGGCUCCCCUCCCUGCAUCCCUCCCCCGGUUCCCCCUGUGCACUUGGUGACUCGGCGCUGGCCGCGGGGGCUGGCACGUGACCCAGAAACUUUGGAGGCCGCGGGGCGGGCGGCGGGUGGCGCUGCGGGGCGGGGAAGUGGAGGCCGGGCUCCCCCGCGCGGCGGGUCUGCGGUGGGGAAUCGCCCGCCGGGCGCCUGGCGUGCGGGAGCCGGAACCCGAGCGGGAGCGGCCGCGCGCGUGGGCCCGGCCGCGCGAUCCGCCCGGGGCGGCGCCCAGGGACGCGGACACCCGCUCGCGCCCGCCGCCGCCUGUGCCACCUGGGCGCACAGAUCUCCACGUUUGUACCGCUUCCCACUUUGCUCAGUCCUUCAUCUGGAUGGGAAGUUGGGGAAGAUGGACAGGGUCGCGCUGGCGUGGGUCGCUCUCUUCUGGCUGACAGCCAUGGCGGAAGGCCUGCAGGUCACAGUGCCCGACAAGAAGACGGUGGCCAUGCUCUUCCAGCCCACGGUGCUUCGCUGCCACUUCUCCACGUCCUCCCAUCAGCCCGCAGUCGUGCAGUGGAAGUUCAAGUCCUACUGCCAGGAUCGCAUGGGGGAGUCCCUGGGCAUGUCCUCUCCCCGGGCCCAGUCUCUCAGCAAAAGGAACCUGGAAUGGGACCCCUACUUGGACUGCCUAGACAGCAGGAGGACUGUUCGGGUGGUCGCGUCCAAGCAGGGCUCCACCGUCACCCUGGGAGAUUUCUACCGGGGGAGAGAGAUCACGAUCAUUCACGAUGCUGACCUUCAAAUUGGAAAACUCAUGUGGGGAGACAGCGGACUCUAUUACUGUGUCAUCACGACGCCUGACGACCUGGAGGGCAAGAACGAGGACUCUGUGCAGCUCCUGGUGUUGGGCAGGACAGGGCUGCUCGCUGAUCUCUUGCCCAGUUUUGCUGUGGAGAUUAUGCCAGAGUGGGUGUUUGUUGGCCUGGUGAUCUUGGGGGUCCUCCUCUUCUUCGUCCUGGUGGGGAUCUGCUGGUGCCAGUGCUGCCCGCACAGCUGCUGCUGCUACAUCCGCUGCCCGUGCUGCCCGGACUCUUGCUGCUGCCCUCAGGCCUUGUAUGAAGCAGGGAAAGCAGCCAAGGCCGGGUACCCUCCCUCUGCCUCCGGUGUCCCCGGCCCCUACUCCAUCCCCUCUGUCCCCUUGGGAGGAACCCCCUCAUCUGGCAUGCUGACGGACAAGCCGCAUCCACCUCCCCUGGCACCAAGUGACUCCACUGGAGGAAGCCACAGUGUUCGCAAAGGUUACCGGAUCCAAGCUGACAAAGAGAGAGACUCCAUGAAGGUCCUAUAUUACGUGGAGAAGGAGCUGGCUCAGUUUGACCCAGCCAGGAGGAUGAGAGGCAGAUAUAACAACACCAUCUCAGAACUCAGCUCCCUACACGAGGAGGAUGGCAAUUUCCGCCAGUCUUACCAUCAGAUGCGAAGCAAGCAGCUCCCCGUGUCCGGGGACUUGGAGAGCAACACUGACUACUGGUCGGGUGUCAUGGGCGGCGGCAGUGGGCCGAGCCGGGGGCCCUCGGGCCUGGAGUACAACAGAGAGGACCGGGAGAGCUUCAGGCACAGCCAGCAGCGCUCCAAGUCGGAGAUGCUGUCGCGCAAGAGCUUCGCCGCGGGCGUGCCGGCCGUGUCCAUGGACGAGCUGGCGGCCUUCGCCGACUCCUACGGGCCGCGGGCGCGCCGGGCGGACGGCAGCCUGGAGGCGCGGGCCGGGGGCCGCCUGGAGCGCGCGGAGACGCGGGCGCGCGGGGGCCUGUUCGCCGACGGCCCGCCCGAGGGCUACUCGCCCGAGGGCUACUCGCCGGAGCGCUACUUCGGGGCGCGGAGCCGCAGCCGCGAGCCCCUGGCCGACGCCGAGCGCGCCUGGAGCCCCGAGGACGCGCCGCUGCCCCGGCUCGUGAGCCGGCCGGCCGCCUGCGAGCACCCGGGCCGCGGGGGCAGCCUGGAGACGCCGGCCCGGCGCGGCGCCCCCUACUACGCCUGGUCGCCGCCCGCCACCUACCGGGCGCGCGCGCCGCGGGGCGACGCCGGGGACGAGCUGGACGACGCGCUGCCGCCCUACAGCGAGCGCGAGCUGAGCCGCGUCCCGUCCCACCGCGGCCGCGACCUGGCGGACAAGAGGAGAAAGAAGGAGCCCGCCAAGAAGCCGAGUGACUUUCCAACCAGGAUGUCCCUCGUGGUCUGAGGUUUGUUUGAAGACAUCUCUGUGGAUGACUAGAAAUCCGAAGCACACGACGGGACCAAGAGCCAGCAGGCCCAGGACCUUCUCUGGCCACCUCCUUGGAAGGUUUGCUGAUCUUUGCUUUGGCAAGGGACGCGGGCCAGCCCGAGGGAGGCUGACGCCAAACCUCAGCGCCCAUCUAACUCGUUUGAGAAACUUCUCAUGAAAAUGACUACGGGUGAAAACAUUCCCACACACGGAGUGUCUCGCCCACGGAGUUCAUCCCGCCCAGUCUCCUUAGCUGAACCGGGAUUCUUUUUCCAAUUCUGAAAGGGCGUUAGCUCAGGACUGCUAGGCUCCAGAAAACGCGUCUGCCCACAGUCUGCGUUUCUGUACCUCCUGGGCUGUGCUUAGAAACCGAAGAAUUUAUUAUUACCCUUAGAAGAAGGCCUUCUCCUGAUGGUGGAAGAUAGCUUCAGGCUAAAUAUACGUUUUAUCCCCAUCCCAUCCCACAUAUGAGUCAAUGACGGUUGUUACCCUAAAAUCAGAAAGCCUUCGGUGAGCUCGGUGACAGUGACAUGCUGGAUGGUCACAGAAAUCACUUCAAUUUUCUGUUCUGAAUGACAUUCUUGAAUUGGCGGAACAAAACGAAAGAGAGGAUAAGUGCCUGACAAGCUGUGUGAGCGGUACUCCUUUUUCUGUUUCGAGAAUGUAAACAACGUUUGGUCUUUCUGCUGCACACGGCGACGUCUGAGUCCUGGACGAUAAGGGCUCUCCCGGCCUCCCCUCUCCUGGACUUUCCACAGGUUGGUGCCACACACAGAGUCCUGCCUCCCUCUGCCCUCUGAGUAGGUUGUCAUCAGGUGCCUUUUGAUCAAUGCUUGAAAAACACACAGAUAAGAGAGGAGGGAGAAAAAACAGGAGAAAGCAGCAACCAAAAUAGAGAAGAAUGAGACAGAAUUGCAGGGAACGGGUGUUCUCAUCAUAUUUGGAAUGGGGGCCGUCUUCCUCACACACUGCACCCAACCUUCUCUGGUUUUGUACUUCAUUUGCCAUGACGUGUUUCUGCCACCGCAGCUCUGCCAGGUCCACGACACCAGCUAUGUGAGCAUGCGUCUCUUGGUCUCCCUGUGCUGCCGCUCUAGAUGCUUUUGGAAGAUGAGGGAUAUUGCUCUCUCCAGAAGAACUUCCUGUUCUCACACCCUUGCCUAACAGAGUGGUUUUGCCUAAAUCGAUGCUAGAUCUCUCUGGACUUUGUCAUUUGUACAGAUUGCAAAAAAUGGCCCCAAACUCUUCUCUUCUCAUCAAGUACAGUCUGUUUCUCCAGCCCUUGAAUCUGGAAUUGGCCACGUGGUUUGACUUGGCCAGUAGCCCAGUCACAAGUGUGACACAAGCAGAGACUUGACACAUUCUUGUGCGUGGGCUUGUCCUGUCUUGCUGCUCUUGGGAUCUGUGCAGUCACCACCAGGCGAGUAAGCCUGGGCUCUCCUGCCCGUCACGACCUCAGACAGUUGACUGCAGACACACACGUGAGCCCAGCCGAGACCAACAGAAGAACUGCCCAGCUGAGCCAACCCAAUUGCUGAUUCCCACGCAAGACAUGAGAAGUUGGUGCAUUCUUCAAAUGUUCAUUUCUCUUCUAGGAAAACUGACUGUUUCUUCUCGUCUGACCGUUCGGCCCUGAGUCCCCGACUCCAUCCAACCUUAGGAGUUUCACGGUCUCCACUUCCUUUGACAGGCUUUAGUCAAAGCUUUUCACCCCAUGCUAUCAUGGUGGGACCCAUGGUUGGGUCAGAACCCUGGAGAAUGACGCUGUGUGGCCUCGCUGUCCCCAGCCCCCACAGUGGUCCAUUCUCUACCUUUGGAUCUAUGGACGACCUCUGAAGACGGUUUCUGCUUCAGCAUCUCCUUGGUCUUCUCCUGGGCCACCUGAGCAGAGCCAGGCCCUGUUCUCCAAGUACCAUUCCACUGGUACCCAUUUCCUUCAUGGCAUUUCCGAAACAGUCCCACAUGUGCCAUGAGAUAAAGAGGUGGCUGGGAGGGCAGGUGGAUGUGCUGAUGGCACCGUGUGGAAAACAGCACGCACGGUGGCGUUGGCCUGUGCAGGAGGAACCAGGAGGACAGUUCAGCUCAGCGCUGGCACUUCAAGGGCUGGAAGACACAAGCCAUACCCCUGGUGCUGAGUGUACACUUGCUGGUGUCCCUCUGAAAGCCUCCAUCUAGUCUGUCUGUUUGGGCCCCAGUUCAGAGGGAAAAGAUAAUUGAAACAUUUCUUAGUCACCAGCUUUGGAUUUCAACUUGCUCAGGCAAUUCUGGAGAAUACUGGGUCACUGCAGUAGCUAGUAUCUCUUCAUACUGAGUUCCGCGUCAGGUUUCUCACCACCAAAGAGCCCCAUAGCACCAGUGGCAAAGACCGAAAAUACGGCUUUGAGUAGCCAGGGGGAAUGUCUGACUUUGGUGAAGGCUGAGGGGGGCAAUGG